GAGCUGGACCGCAGUGGCUGCCUCCCUUAUUUGCGUCCACGCCGACCCUUUCGCACCCUACUCGCUGGCAUAGCUCUCUAAAUCAUUCCUUUCGGACGAAGGUUGAAAAAUGACUUCCUUUCCUCAGUUCGCUAUCUUCCUUUCCUUUUUCUCCGCCAUCUCCUUGGCACUUCCUGCAGCACCUGUGGAGUCAAAUAAGGUCGCACCCGGCUCUUUAAAUCCAAAGCUAGCUGCCAAUACUGGUCUCCGAGGACUGACCUUGCCAGGAAGUUUUAUUGAAAAGCGGGCGAGAAGAUCUGCGGAGCACGUAAUAACAGAUUGCAUGACUGUCGCGUCGGAGGAAGGCAAUUACUACUUCAAAGGAGACACUGGCGGCGAAGUGUGUGGCCUGUACCUACUCACAGACCCUGAUCGCAGAGUGCAUCUCACCCUCGAUUACGCUGACAUCCCCUGCUCCCAGGGUGGCCUAGUCUCGCUUUUCGAUGGCUGGGAGUUGAAUCGUGAGUAUUUCCCCGCUGAGGAGGACCACCCGCUGCCAAUGCGCCGGCGAUUCAUGGAGACCUGCAACGGAGCCCCUGCGGAGGAAUCUACUUCCGGGCGCCACGGGAUCGGCGGCCAACAGAGGAAGACCCUAAUGAGCAACCAAAAUGCAGCCCUGGUUCAGUUCAGGGUGCCGAUCAAGUCGCGCGGCUUUGCAGUGACCGUCCGCUUCCCUCGAAAUCCAGCACCGUGCAACAUCCUUUUGGAAGGCACCGCUGACGUCUACACUUUGCGCAACUACGGCAAAUCGGUCAAUUGCAGUCUGGCUUCUCUCUUCCCUGCCAGGGUGACCGUCCUGUCUCUCAGCGUCGGAAUGGCGACCAACAUCAAGCGCAACCUAGAACUGGAAACCGGCACCAUUCACAAAUGCGGCAAGCGCGGAAUGCCUGACUACGUCGAGGUUGGAGGCUCCGAGGGUUUGGACACGCGACACUUGGCACUUGCCGACUCGAUCUGCGGACUUGACUCAAAGCCAGGAAGCACCGAGGAGACUGUGCUGUGCGGAGUGACUGCAGUCCGCUUGGUUUCGAGCGGCGACUUCGACAACGCCGUGACUGUGGCCGUCCGACCGGCCAGCGAGGACGACUUGGCCGCCGUUGUGUGCGGUCUCUAAUUUCUGCAACCACGACGUUAUUCUCUCUCACUGUUCUCUCUCCGCGUGCGAAAUUGUACAUCUGCGAAUGAAAUUUGAACCGACACCGAUAGCGGACUAGUUGGUCAAACACUAUAUAUAUUUUCGUUUCUGCCGCGCAAAUCCAGAUGUAGAUAAAUGUGUUCUUGAAAACGCAAAAAAUUCUUCAUUUUAUUUUUUCAAUACAUAUUUCGUGAACUUUUUUUAUAAAUGCUUUCUUUUUUAAUGGAAAAAAUUCAAAAUGCUUGUUGGGGCUUUCACUGUCUCGCUUCAAAAAAAUUUAUUUAACAAAUGUGUCGUCUUUGUGUACAAAUGCAGCAAAUAGUUUACUUUUCUAAAUAUUUCAUUGCUUUACAUAUUUAUAAUUAUUUUACCUUUUUCCAACCAAAGAAUAUUCAUUAGUGAAGAAUACCAAUGUUAUAUGUUUCUAGAUUCUGUCAAUAAAAGAUUAAAUCUAAUG